AUGAGCCUGGUGUUGGUAGUCUUGCAUCAAGACAGACGAUCUCUUCGCCCAAUUCUGCCAGUGCUGGUUCUCAAGGAUUCUUUGACUCGUGAACCAGGAAUUAAGGCUGCAAUCUUGAGCGGUGAGGGCAAUGAAAAGGUCCAAGACCUACUGUUGUUGGAUGUCAUCCCUCUCUCCCUUGGUUCGGAGACUGCUGGUGGUGUCAUGACUGUCUUGAUUCCAAGGAAUACAAUGUGUGCAGCUUGCUAUGAGAAUGCCAGAAGCAUAGUUGCAUUCAUCAACAAGUUUGAAAAUGAUAAGGGAUUCGAUAAAUCCAAUAACUCCACUGUCUUUCCUGCAAAUUCCUCCAAGGGAUUUUCAAAUGCUUUGAAAUGGGUGCAGGAAAUGAAAGAGAUAGAAGAGGGACUUAACAAGAAAUUGAGCUUUCUUGGAGGAUUUGCUGCUGCUUUCGAAGACCAAAUUCACACUCAUAUUGAAGUCAAGCCAGGCCACAAUGGACCUUCUUUAUUUGCACAUAGAACAUUAUUGGCAACAAGGUCAGAGAUCUUCAAGAACAUGCUGGACUCAGAUGGAUGCAAAGCUGCACCAAGUAACACCAUAACACUCCCGGAAUUGAACCAUGAAGAACUGGAUUCUCUCCUUGAGUUCCUCUACAGUGGAACCAUGACUGCAGAGCAAGCUUAUGAAGCAAUGAACAAUGCUGGGCACCUGGAUUCUGACAUGAUUGUUAUCCUUAACGACCACAGGCGGGUUUCAUCACUCACUGCUACUCUAGAUGGGCCCAUACCACCUGUAGGAGCUUUGAGCAGUGCUUUUAAUAGGUUACAAUCAAACAGACCUCUUAGAGAAUUAUGAGAGGUUACCAAGGGCGUUACCAAACAGAUUGGCGGACCGAUGCAUGAAUUGGCUACAAAAGUUGAUGAAUAUGCUCGUGGGAUGGUCAGUGGUUCUAGAUCAACACUUUUUGAAGAGCUUGGACUCUACUACAUAGGUCCUGUCGAUGGCCAUGACAUAGAUGACCUCGUUGCCAUUCUCAAGGAGGUUAAGAGUACCGAGACAACAGGUCCAGUUUUGAUCCAUGCUGUCAUAGAGAAAGGCCACGGAUAUCCAUAUGCUGAGAAAGCUGCAGAUCACCAACUUCAAAGUAGGGUACCAUUCACACCUCAAGUCCACGUGCAUGGCCAUCUUUGGGCCAUAGUGCCAUUUCCCAUUUCACCUUCUCUAAUUUUGAAAAAUAUUCUUUUAAAUCCCUUUCUUCAAAUAAUUUUCUAGAUCUUAGUUUGUUUUAAAAUAAUUUCAAACUCAUCCAUUUUUCAUCCUUAGUUUUUUUUCUUAGGUUCCAAAAAUCCAUUUUUCCAAUAAAAUUUUGCUGCCACUUUUCUUCUUGGCAAGCCAUUUUCGCAUUUUUUUUUUGUUUUUUUUAAAAUGUUUUAAAAUACGCAAGAAUCAAAUUUUGUAAUUCCUAAUGAUGGAAUUUACGGGUUUGGUUUAUGCAAAAUAAACGGGCUUUGGUGGGGGCCCGACAUAUGUGACUUCAUGA